UUUGUGAAAUGAAUUUUUUUGUAUUGACGAUAUUACUUGCUGUCUGUUCGUCCACACCCAUCUGCUUCAAGGGAAGGGAGUAUGUGGUAGAAAAAUGUGUGCGAUACAGAUGUAUCAAUGGAACUGCCAUGCCUGAGUCCUGUCCAAGAGGACUGUUCCCUGCCUCUAAAGAUGCGACAGGGUGUAGCUGGCCGGGAGAAUCUGAAUGCACAAUGGAUGUGGAGACGGAAAAAAUUACAGAUCCAUGCAGUGGAGAUCCAUGUGAAAAUGGGGGCAGAUGUAUCGCUUCCUCCAACAGUCAGUCCUAUCUUUGCUCCUGCUCGCCUGGUUAUCAGGGAUCCCGAUGUCAAUUCAAUGAAAGCGAAUGUCUUAGCGCUCCUUGUCAGAAUGGCGCAAUCUGUGUAGAUGAGAAGAGCGGGUUCACAUGUCGGUGUUCCAUGGAGGAAGAAGGGCUCUACUACACGGGACGACUCUGUGAAACAAGAAUAAGCAAACCGACUUCAGCCCUCAUUCUGGAGCAGUGUAACGGAGGAGUGGGCCUGCUGCCCCACGCUACUUACUGUCAGCUGUACUAUAACUGUAGUGCGUCGUCUUCAAACAUUCCCAUCAGGCCGCAAGAAAAGUUUCUAGACGAAUGCCCCUACCCUCAGCUCUUCUCCACUACCACCAGAACGUGCGAGUCAUUUUACAGAGUUAACUGUGAAAAACGCCAGGUUCUGUUGGAUUUCUGUGACUACUGGAAACAGAAAUGCACUAGCAUCUGCAAACCUUGUACCAUUGAGCAUCCAAGUUGUAAGAGUAGGGAAGACGGAAUUCAAAGCAACCCAAACAAACCAGGCACUCCCUACUUUAUGUCCUGCUUUCAGAACAGGACGAUAUAUGUUUCAGAGUGUCCCACAGACAAAUUUGGAAAGAAAAUGAUAUUUCAUAAAAACAAAUGUACUAGUGUUUUUGACAUGUCAAGAUUUGAAGGAGGGCGGAGACCAGAAUGUCCGGAUCACAACUUACGAUAUUUUUCUGGCCCCAGGGAAGACUGUACCAUACAUCACAUGUGUCAAGGAGGCGUGGCCACGGUAAUGCAAUGUACUGGGGGAAAGGUUUUUCACUACGAGGUAGGAAAACCUCUGUGUCAAGAGCGAGCAGACGUAUGCAAACCAUGUGGAACAAAGCCAUGGUACGUGGAUUGAUAAUGUAGGGAGAAGUCGAGGUAACGUAGCGUCCUCCUGUGUUUGGCAUGGUCCGACUUCCAAUCAGUGAAAAAUAUCACCGAAUUUAGAAAUCCAGCUAAUCCACAUUUAAGCAUAGUUGCAGACCACCUAAUUGAAAAUUAGUGAUUUAUCCUAACAGAUCUAGAGCUAACAAGUAAUUAUCACUUCCAAUUUUGUAGUAAUGAGUUUUGAUAUACCGCUUCCGCAUAAAAGACAAU